GAAGAAGAGGAGGAUAAAGUUCCUAAAAUAAAAAAAGGGGAUUAUUUGAGUUCUGGGUGCCUGAAACCUUCGUUGCCUCUGGAUUUUACUUUGGAUCUGGGAUUUAUCGCCUCUCAAGCGCAAUGGAAAGCCGCGAUUUCGCCCCGCCGCACCACCUCCUGACGGAGCGGAGCGCUCUGGUUCACAGCGCCGCGUCUCGGAUGGCGCCGGGCGGACACGGCUCCGUGCAGCACCCCGCUCACUUUCAGCCCGGGAAAUAUUACUCAUCUCACCUCUCCAUGGGUCCGCACUCAGGUGCUGCCUUCAUGGGCUCAUUCCUGGCUCGGAGUCUGGGACCCCCGCCUUCCCACCCCGCUCACCCUUCUGGACCUGCUGCCUCCCCUUCCUCCCCCUCCUACAGGGCUGGACCCCAUUCAAGCGCUUCCCCUAUCUGGUUCCCCCAUUCACACGAAGGGUACCCCAGCUAUUCAGGAAGUCUUGCUUCUCCUUUUCUCCCCAUAAGUCCCCUGGAUCACCAUAGCAACAGCCUGUAUGGACAGCACCGCUUCUACGAAACUCAAAAAGAUCACUUCUAUCUGAGAGGCCUUCCCCCCCAGCCCCCUCUGCUCUCCACCAAUCACAGCCUUCCGCCUCUGUCCAGGACGGCGCCGAGCCACCCGCUCGGCUCCUGCAGCCGGGAAGCUGACGGUUGCGGGGGAGGCGGACGGGGCGCCAAGGAUGUCGGUGACAAAGUGGUUUUAUCAAAAGAAAAGGAGAGAUCGAGUAGCAAGGAGCGCCACCAAGAAAGCAAGGACAAACAGCUCCAUCAUCACCAGACGAACGCCGGUUCUACUCCGUCUGGGUACCAGGCGUACCCCCACCAUGCCCUCCUCCCGCACCUCGCCCUCCAGGGGCGGGACGAGGAGCACAGACACUCUCUGGAGCGACACAAGGAUUACAGGGACGGGGAUUUGGGCGGUCAGGGAGGGAAGCAUAUGAGUGCCUGCAAACUGUCCAGCAGUUCGGUGGCAGAAGCAAGCUGUGGAGGAAAGGGGGCAGCGAUAAGCAGCUGCGCCGGCGGUGGGGCGGCCAGGCCUCCAUCUGGAGGCGGCAGACGGGGAUCAAAAGAUGGACCCAUAAACGGAGAAAUGAGGCUCAGCGAGUCGUCCUCUGAAUGUAUGAGGCGAGGAGCGGCGGCGACCACCAUCUUGGCACCUCCGACUCCUCACUCGUCUUACUCCAUGCCGCCACCCCCCGCGCCUCCUCCUCCUCACGCCAUGCACAUGGGCUCCACACUAACUGGAGGUUGGCUCCAUCACCAUCCACACCCGGAUUUUUACUGCCCUCCGCCCCAUCUGACACUCGCCCCUUGUAAAGACCCAUGCAGCAGGGAGGCAAAGGGGGUCGGACCAACUUAUGUGCCUUCAGUUGGGCCGCAGAGGGACGUGGCGGCCCCUGAAGGAGGCGGGAGGAAGGCGGACGAUAGGUCAGAGGAGGGGACUUAUGAAAGUUCCUCUCAUCACCACAGCCGCCUUAGCGCUUGUCAGAGGAAGGACAAAUCUCAGCAACACCAACAGCAGAUGGGAUACGGCAAAGCAGACAAACCCCCCGACUGGACGAACCCCCCCCACCGGCCCUUCUCCCAACCCGAAACGCGCUCCUGCAGCCUUCAAACAUCUCCAGCCUUCAGGGACGAUACAGAGGAGAUUUGUCGUCCCGUAGACACUACCCAGGACGCACCUUCUGUACCGGAGCAGGAGGCAUCCAGGGACGGCCCAGAGGCAGAGACCCCGCCCUUCAGGGACUGCUCUCUGUCGGGUCACGACAGGCACGUGGCGCUCAGGUCGGCGACUCAAAGGGAAGGGCAAAAAGUGGCAAGAAUAAAGCACCAGCAGCACAGCAGCCAAGCAGGAGGUGUGGAGGAGAAGAGCCGAGAGGGGAGUCACACAGCACCUCCAUGGGGGGCUCGGGGGAGCCACCAGGAGGACCAGAGAAAAGGUACCCACAAUGCACCACUUAGUAAAGGAGCCCAAUCGCAAGUGCCUCCACUGCUCCACUCCAACACCGAUGGUGAGGGAAGUGCCAUGAAGAACCUCAUGAACUACAGUUCCCAGCAGCCUCAGCUGCUGCCGCAGAGGAGCCCCUUCGGAGGUUUGGGGUACCUCAGUAAAGGUGGAGAUAGAUCGGAGAAGGGGGACAAAGGAGUCAAAAGCAACACCUUCCUGCAAGACCCUCCCAAGCAGCCCCUCCCUCCUCGCCGGGGCUCCAUAAACGAAGGAGAGAGAGGUGACAGGAGUGUAAAGGAGGCGGGGGAUGCAGGUGAAGGAGAGGUCCGACAGCCACCUGUGGGCAUCGCGGUGGCAGUGGCCAGGCCUCCCCAUCGGUCUCCGGACAGCACGCCGGGACACAGCAGGCAGGGCAGGGUCCUGCCGAGCGUGAAAGGUGUGUCGCGGCCGGUGUAUCCUCUUGGUCGGGAGGCGGAGGACAGGAAAAGAAUGACGGAGGACCAGAUCGGUCUGCACCAUCUGGACCGAGAAAGAGACAUGAUCAUCAGGGACAACAAGGACUGCAUGGAGUUUGCCAGGAUUCACCCUUCGAGCAGCUGCCACGGUGACCUGACCUCUCACCUGCUGGUCCCCGGAGGGGCGAGCCAGUUAGGGGCAGACCCGAGUGCACACGCUCACCCAGCUCACCACUGGAUGCAGAGGACAGGAAGUCCGUCCCUGUGGAUGGGGCAUUCGUACGGUCUGAGCCAUGUGGGAAUGAGCCCGGGUUUUCCUCCUGGUCUUUCGAGCUCCCUGCAGCCUGUUUUGGGGUCACUUACACAAGAUCCUAAUUCCCCCCUCGUCGUCCUUCCUGCAGAACCCGGAAACCACCAUCCUCUUGACGUCUUAGAGCAGUCGGGUCUGUGGCCACCUGUCUACAGAGCUAGAGGUCCUCCCCCUCACCUGCAGCACCACCCAGUCUACUCCAGCUCCUCAUUCCUACGGCAGCAGGAGCUGUACACCCUGCAGCAGCAGCGGGCCAUGGAGCACAUGCAACGCCUGCCUUUUGCACAUAGAAAACAGGAGGAGAACACCGUCACCCCGGAGGGCUCCCAGAAUAAAUCCUCCGCUUCCAGAACGCCGUCAUCCUGUGCAUCCACCGCCUCCUCGCAUCCAACAAAACCUUUUUCCCACACCCCUCCUCCACUCAAGACCUCCACGCCGUCUCCUGGACUGUGUCCCAGCAGCCGACAGUCCCCCUGCUACCACUCCCCUUCCACACGCCCCCACCCACCAAAUCCCCUGACCCCGACGCCAAGCCCCGCCGCGGCUGCUCCGUGCUCGCCAGCUCUCAGCCCCGCUCCCUCUCACCUGUCUAAAAGGCUGGAAGGGGGCAGCGACAGAGGAGAAGGGCAGCCCCCGAAGGAUUACCCACAAUCCUUGGAGCCAGAUCUGCCACCUGUCUAUACCUUCUCUCUGGUCGCCAUGGGUUACAAGGCCGGGCCCUCGCCUCCUGAAGCAUUGCUGGCCGAACAGUCUUCAGCGGUGGCAGAGCCAGCAGAGCCGGAGUCCAAGUCCAUCCCACGCCCACGUCACAUCCAGCCUCUCACCGUGGAGGAAGAGUUGAGGAAAGAAGAAGACGGUCGUGCAUGCGAUGUGGCGGAAACCCAGAUUGGAGUUCCAGACGAGGAGAGGAAGGAGACAAAAGGAUGCUUCAUCUCUGAGCCUCAGAACAAGGCUUCUGGAUUGCCGCCAUGCACUUUCCCAUCCCCGGCGUCAGAUCCAGCCUGCCCAGCAGGCACAACCCUAAAAGUAGAUCUCUCUCCGGGUUGCUCGGGCCAGAAGGCGAGCCUGGAGGAGUCCCAAAGAUCCAAAGAGCAGGAGAACGAUGGAAAAGAGGACGAGAAAGAGGAGUCUGACCCAGCCGAGUGUUUUGUUUCUGUGCCUGUAGAGUCGGAAGAGGAGGAAGAUGGAUGUAAAGCUGAAGAGAAUGUAGAGGUAGUUGAGGAUGAGGAGGAGAGUGAAAAAAGUCCAAAUGAGGAGCUGGUAGGACAAAUAUGUAGUUCACCCGCUCCUCCUCAGUCUCCUGAACCAGCCUCCUCUCCCGUGGCAAACACAGCAGCCCAGCUUGAGGGAGCGUACAUUCGCAGCUUGGAGCUCCUAAUUGCUGCAGCUUUGUGUGCCACCAGAGAUGCAAUGCACCCACCAGCUCCUGCUGGUCACAACCCAUGCCCUUCAUCUCACCAUGGAAUGGAAAUACUGGGGGAGCUGGCCGAGCUGGAGAUCCAGCAGAGGAGGAGGGAGACCGAAGGAAAAGGCCCUGAAGGUGAGGAAACGCUCACCCUUGACCUCCACAGUUUGGCAACGCUGGCAGCCGCCCGGGCCUUGGAGACCGAGGGAGGGGCUGUGGAUGUGGGGGCCGAGCGGCAGUGUCCAAUCAGGAAGAGGCUCAACCUGCGCAGGAAGUGCAGCUGGACCCCUCGGCACGAGCCGGUGUGCCCCGUGAAGGGCUCCAUGGAGACGAUGGGGGGGGAGGAGCUGGCCAUGCGUGUCCAGCUGGCUGAGCUUCAGCGCCGCUACAAAGAAAAACAGAGAGAGCUGGCCAAACUACAGAGGAAACACGACCACCAGAAAGACGAGACGUCUCGUAGCCCCGCUCGCCGGGGGCCCGGCCGCCCCCGCAAGCGCAAGUCCGCCCCCGGCCCAGCUGCCACCGAGAGCUCCAAAAGGCUCAGGGCUGGAAUGAAUCUACUGGAGGGGAAAGCCCGGAACUCUGUGUUCAAUCACACUUUCAACAGCCUCAGCGCCGCACAGAUGAAGGCUCGCUGUAAGCACAGAGGUCGACCGAGCACCCUGAGCUCCAGGCUGGCCAGGCGGGUGACCCAGCUGAAGCAGAAGGCCGCGGGAGGCCUGCGCACCAAGGACGAGCCCUCCAAAGGUCACUGCCGACAAGGCGGGAAAGGCCUGCAGGAGCGCUCAGCUGCUCCGAAGAGGAAGAGGGGUCGAAAACCCAAAGGGAUGCUGGGUAACAGGGCGCAUCACAAAGCCGCCGAGAAACAGGAGUUGAAGGAUGAGAAGAGUGAAGGCACAGAGCACGAGGAUGAGGAGGAGGAGGACGGCAGUUGUGACAGCGAAGAUGGAGCAAGUGACAUCAAGAUAAGCUCUAAAGAAGCUCCUACAAACCCAGCUGGGCCCUUUUCGGCACAGACCUCCAAACUCCAGGCAAGCCAGAGACCCAUGAGUAAAAGACUAGGACCUCCUGGCUUGGGGAGCUCCUCUUGCCUAGAUCAGAGGAAAACGCCCAGAAGGCCAAACAUCCACAUCCCGGGGAGGGAAUAUCCAGAGCUAGCAGGUGUCGGCAGAUCCGCCAUGCCCUGCUGGGGUCUGUCACCGACGGCCUGCAGCUUUGGGGACAACCGUGAAAACUACCGAGCUCUCGCAGAGGCCAAGAGAGCGGGCAAAGAUGAGGCCAGGAGGACGUCGACGGCGCAGGGAUUACUCGGAAAGGACAAGAGUCACGGCGUGAGCCGGCUCCUGCAGAGCUUCGCCGCCGAUGACGGCUUUCACCUGGAUGAAGAGAGCAGCUUUUCGGAGGGAGAGAAGGAGGAAGAGGAGGGGUUGAAGGAGAGGUCGCUCACUCACCUUCCUCCCAACAUGCCUUGCAGAAUACCUGCGCUUCCAAACUGUGUGCUGAGCAAAGAAAUGUUAGUAGACGGGCUGAAGAUCCUGAUCUCCAAGGAGGACGAGCUCCUGUACGCCGCCUGCGUUCAGACUCUGGACCUGCCCGACAUAUUUAGAGUCGUCAUCGACGGGGAGCGCUGCAAUCGCCCCAGGAUCUACUCCCUGGAGCAGCUCCUACAGGAAGCUGUGUUGGACGUGCGACCACAAACCGAGGCCAUCCUCACGCCUGGAACGCGAGUUUGUGCCUACUGGAGCGAGCGCUCUCGCUGUCUCUACCCUGGUUACGUCCAACAAGGAGGUCCUGGUGAGGAGGAGAAGGAGGGCAGUGUGAUGGUGGAGUUUGAUGAUGGAGACAGAGGGAGGAUCUCUCUCGUGAACAUCAGACUUUUACCUCCAGGAUACCAAAUUCGCUGCGCAGAACCGUCUCCUGCUCUCCUGGUGUCUCCUGGCCGUCGAGGUCGGCGAAGUUCCACCCUGGAUAAGAAGGAGGCGUCCUCUGAGAAACCGACCAAUGAGGAGGCAGGAGUGAGGCCUCAGGAAAGAAGACGAGUCGGCAGGCCGAAGAGAAUCAGCUCGGUGCAAAAGACGGCUGAGAUUCCUGCUUCGGGGGCAAGCGUUGUGGCCAAAGGCAGCGCCUCCUCGUUGAGCUGGUCCGUGCAGAGGAAGAGACCGCCCGUUGACUUCUUCCUCUUUAACGGGACGUCCCGAAAGACCCAGAAGAAGAUCCGAGAGCGAGACCUAGGGCUGUUUCAUCGACCCGCCUUGCACUCUCUUGCACCACCGCCGACCCAAAUCAAAAGCAUUUUCGGCUCACCCUUCAAGGUCGACUCCUUCAGUAGCAUUGCUAACGGUUACUCCACCUUUGGAAACGGUGGAUCCUCUGGAGCGGGGAGGCCGGUGGCCUCCAUGGCUCCCAUGGGGCUCAGAGACUCCUCUUCAUCUGCCACCUUGCCUCUGGCAGCUGGAGGCCAUAAGGCCGCCAAUGAUCGCGACAGGAAGCACUUUUUGGUGAAGCUUGACCACGAAGGAGUGACGUCUCCUAAAACAAAGAACGGCAAAGCUUUACUUCGGCUCGGAGGGGCUGGGAGUAGAGGACAUAAAAACCACGUCUCAGUAGGAGCGCCUCUACGAUACAUCCAGCCCUCGCUGUUGGCAAAAGACGGCAAGAGGUCUACGGGACAAAGAGACACUGGGGCUCGGUCGGACGCUCUUGUUAAGGGAGUUCCACCUCUGAGGAAGGAUCUUCUUCCUAAAACUAUUGGAGUACAAGGAGGGGAUUACGAUUUGGACUAUCCCAGUGACUGUCCUAGUUCUUAUUCUGAACUGGAUGAAGACGAUGAGGACGACGGCGAAGAAGCCGAAGCACGAAGAAGAAGAGCAACGGUCGCACCCCAUCGUGGUGGCCGUUUUCUUUCUCGUCCUUCCAUUUGCUUCUCUUCUUCUUCCUCCUCCUCUUCCUCCUCUGGAUCUAUCUCUUCCUCGUCCCUGUGUUCCUCGGACAACGACUCGUCUUACUCCUCUGACGAAGAAUCCUCCUCGGUGUUGUUGCGCCGCGCACUUCUCCAGCAAGACAAACACAAAAAUCGACACAGCGUGAACUCUAACCCGCAAGACCCUUCCACGCCGUCUCCAUCCUCGUCAGCUCAUGGAUACGUCGUGAAGAGCGGCCUAACCGUUGGAGGGUCAAAAGCACGAGCAGAGGACAGGAAGGAGUAUCUGUCUAAAGGGGGGAUGAUGACGACACCGAAGGCACAACUGAAGAGGAAAGAAAGUGCUCCCAACAACCACCACCAAAGACCCAACAGUCCUCAGACUCACUCCAAGGACCAAACGGCCAAGAAGCAGAGGAUGUCUUCACCUGAGGCCUUUCCCAACACGCCCCCUCUGCUGUCCGGACGCCACCUCUGGAGGUGGUCCGGCAACCCCACUCAGAGGAGAGGUCUGAAGGGUAAAGCCCGUAAGCUUUUCUACAAGGCCAUCGUGCGGGGCAAAGAGAUGGUGCGUGUCGGAGACUGCGCCGUCUUCUUAUCACCCGGCCGGCCGCAGCUGCCCUACGUGGGCAGAGUGGAGAGCCUCUGGGAGUCCUGGAGCUCCACCAUGGUGGUCAGGGUCAAGUGGUUCUACCAUCCGGAGGAGACGCGCUUGGGGAAGCGACACCGCGACGGCAAGAAUGCCUUGUACCAGUCGAGUCACGAGGACGAGAACGACGUGCAGACCAUCUCCCAUCGCUGCCAGGUGGUCAGCAAGUCGGAGUACGACCUCCUGAUGCGCGAGCGUAAGCCGGGCGGCGCGGCCAACGACCUCUUCUACCUUGCUGGAACCUACGAGCCGACCACGGGUCAGCUGAUCAGCGCGGACGGCAUGGUCGUGGUGUCCUAGCGGGUCCAGAGGCUCUGGAGAUGCGGGGCGGCUCCCUCAGCGGGGAGCGGGAGGCGCAGCCAAAACCAAGAACUGUAGCUGAUCUUUUUCCCGUCCGCCGAAGGAGGAGAAGGCCGCACAAUACUGGCACUUAGAUACGCCCCGGGAGUUUUGAAGGAAAAGUCCAGAUUUGAGCUCCUCAGCGGGCUCCUAUUUGCAACGAGAGCUUUCAGCCUUUCUGCGGCUGUCUCGAAACGAACACAGAAACCAAGGACUCGAGCACUUUGGAGUGAAGUAGCUUUUUUAAAUUUUUUUAAUAGGGAGGAAGCAGCAUGCUUGGCUUUCUGAGACAAGGAGAGACUUGUAGUAAACCACACUGGUUUGGCUCGUAUUAAUGCUCUUAUUUAACGGUCUUAUACUGGUAGUCUGACUACGACAACGGGGAGAUCCCCAACAGGACCAAUAAACACUGUAGUUUGUGUUAAAAAUGUGUGUUUGCAGAGCGUUUGGCUUUUAAUGAACUCUAAGCAAACAGUGCUGUAAAUGUGAGCAUGGAUGUGUGUGGUCAUGCACGGCGAUGUCAUGGUGCAGCAUGGGUAUGUCUCUUUUUUUAUUAACCGAUCCAGUGUAUUUUUUUCCUCCUUUCAAGCCAUACACGUCAAUACCUCUCUGGUGUCCUCCCGUGCGGGAGCAAAGACACAUGUACAGGCAGUAGGAUUGUUUAUUUGAGCGUGCAUCUUUUGUACAGCCUUCUGUGUAAAAUAACAGUGUAAAUAGUAUACAGUAUAAUUGCUUUUUUUUUGUUUUAUUUUGAAAAGAAGAUUAUUUUAUUUUGGAUUUCAGGGCGGGCGAGUGGGUGGGUACUUCCUCCAGAAGAGGUCAGAGGAUUUCCUUUUCUCUCAAUGCACUGAACAGGACUGGAGAUUUGAUUAAAUUGCGACCUUUUGUGACAACACAACCACAAGUAAAAUGUAUUUGUUUUUUUAUAAGGAAAUCUGGAAAAAUCUUUUUUUUUUGUAUUUAAUUUCAGCGUUUAUUAUUAUUUUUUUAUUAACCGAGACUGGAAAAAAAAGUUUCUGCUGUUGUUUAAUCCUAAAAUAAUCUAGUCUGUAGAAAAUGUAGAUACAUAUCUGGCAGCAAAAAGAGACAUACCAAAGCGCCGGUUCGUUUACCACGAUUUUAGGAAAUCUUCAAUCAAAAUAUGAAUCCGGGACCCCCCCCUUGCAAUGGCAGCGUUUCUCCUGUCCGGCAGUCGCUAUGACGGCCUCCGAGAAACACUGCGGCGGCGGCGUUGUGUAGGUGCCGCCCAGCUGAUGCACUUGAGGUCUCCAUGGCAACCAUAAUGGCAUCACGUGACUGUGAAGGACAAUCAGAGCCAAUCGAUGGGGACAAUGCUGAGAAAAAUAACCGAUCAAAUCAUCAAUAAUGGUUCUUGUCACUUUUAUUCCUGCUUUGCCAAAAAAAAACAAAAAAAAACAGUUUUAUGUUUGUACAUUUAUUUUUCCAUUUCAUGUUUAUGCAAACCUGCGACUAGGGGAAGAACAUGGAUGCCUUUUUUUAUUUGUAAGGACUGACUUAACAUUUUUUUUGCUGUUACACUGCAAAGCAAAAGCUUUAAUUGAGAUCUAAUGUGAAACUGAAAUAUAACUUUAAUGGGUCUUUAAUUUGUUUAAAAGCUGUAUUUUGUUGAACAGACACUGGAUUCAGUUCUGAACAUCCCAUUCUGGCAGAGGUGUGUUUUUAUUUAGACCCACUGGAACCUGCUUUGUACGGUUGAGAAAACCUACUAAGAUAUAUUAUGUAAUUUCAGUCAUUCUUUGGAAAUAUAACUUCAAUAUUUCCUCAUGUACAAAAAGAAAAAAAUAUUUAUCUUAAUUUUAUUGCUUUUUUUGUGUUUCAUUAAAAAAAAGGUUCUUACAAAACGA